AUGAGGUUUCAUGCUCCCAUAAUCGCAAGUAUAGCGAGCAUCGUUGCGUUUUCAGACAGCUUUGUUCUUCCUCCCCCAACGGGCUUGUUCAGCGUCGGCUCUAAAGCACAUGUUCUGCCAAAGAUCACUUUCGACGACCCUGUGGCACCUAACGGCACUGGAACCUCCAUUCUACUCAAUAUCUUUUAUCCGACCAAACAAAAGGCUUCACCAUCAAAGUACAUCUGGAGUGGACUUUCUAGUCUUUAUGACACAUAUUUCAAACUUCCCAAUGGUUCAUUUCGCAACGUCACCGCCCGUACAGCCUACGAAGCCGAGCCACUCCUUUUGAAAGAAUGGAAAGGAUUGAACCUACCAACACUCAUCUUCAGCCCGCCCUUCGCUGGACCGCCAUCUCAGGUGUUCCAUGCCCUUAUCUCCGAUCUAGUAUCCCAUGGAUACUCAGUAGUGACCAUGGAUCAUCCAUACGAGCAACCGUACCUCCAACUACCCGACGGCACCGGCAUUCCAGGCUUGCCAUUCGAUUAUGAUACAAACACAGAAGAAGGAGUUCAACUCCUACAGCGCGUGCAUGAAUAUCGCCUCACGGAUGCCGACGCAGUCCUCGAAGCCAUGCCCGCUCUCUCGAAAAAUCUUUCGAUACCUCUCAACCUUACACAUUUCUCUUUCCUCGGUCACUCGCUCGGUGGCUCUGCAGCACUCAGUCAGAUCCUAUACGAACGUAAUCACACAUCCAAACGCAAGCAUCGAAUUCUCGGCGCUCUAAAUAUGGACGGAAGUCUCUGGGGCCCGGCUGCUGCAAACGACUCUUCUGCAGACCUACGCAUACCCAGCCUGAUCUUGAGUUCGGCAUACCACAAAGGUGAUCCACAGUUUGCAGACUUUGAUGCACAGCAAUCGACCUGGGCCAAAGAGAUAAACGUUGGAGGGAAGUCUAAUCACACUGACUUCUCCGAUCUAAUUGUAUUGAAGCAGGGACUCGGAAUUUCAGGUGGUGAGGGAGCAGUUACUGCGCACAGGAUGAUCAAGAUUACGCGGACACUUGUACAAAGCUUCCAAGGUUACCUAUUGGGCAAAGGUGAAGGUAUUCUAAGCGGCACAAACGAGACUGGAGCUGCCUGGCCGGAACUGGACUGGUUGUACAACAAGACAGGCUCAGAAUCCACUUGA